AUGGUCGUGCACUUUGGAGCUGAUUGCGUCGAGGUCGCGGCGCAGCUUGGCCACUUCCGGGUCGGUGUCUUUCUCACCAUUCGUCGUGGCAUUAGAGCUAGUCGCGGCGGUGCUUCUUGUCGGCGUCUGGAAGAGGCGGCGGUUAACGCGGCGGUCGUGACGGGAGCUUCUACGUCAGAACCGGUGGCGGCGAGGGUUGACGUGACCGUUGGUCGCGUCGAUUUCGACGGGAUGGACGAUGGGGUUUCCAUCUGCGCCGAGUUGACUUUGCAGUCCGCCUUGUUCUGGUGCUGGGAUCAUCAGCUGGAGGUGCCAUCUUUGAACCUUGAUUGA